AAAGGAGGACGGGAAACUUGGGAGCGCCUGAGAGUUGGCACAUGCGGAAUGCCUGCAGCUCUCCAGCUUUCUGAUGUUCUCCUUUCUCCUCAUUUUGAAGGUCCGCAUCGCGUUUAAGUUCAAAGCGCGUCGGCGUUUGUUGUUACACGUAGUUUCCGGUCAGCAGGGAACGUCUUGGUAAACAAUGCAGCUUAGUAAUUCAUGUCUAUUCACUCAAGCCACUCUGCAACUCAACCAAUUCAUUCAUCUGUGACCACCUCCCUCCCAAAAUUACACAAAUCCAGUUUUUGGAGAUUUUUUUUUUCUCUUUUCAAAUGGAUUUUAAUCAAUUCAGGUUGGAUUUGAAAGAAAAAAGGUAGAAAUAAAAAUAUAUUUUUUGCUAAUCAGCUUUUUUCUCAUAAUCUAAUGAGCUAUGUUGCAUUAUUAUUAUUUUACGUAAAAUCUAUAACAGAUUGUUUUCUCCAGGGUUUUUCCCUUCUAAUAUCAACUCAUCCACUUGUUUUUACAGACUGCACCUUUCUGAGAGACAGGACAGCAUUCAAUUAUCCACUCAGACUCAGAAAUUUGAGUAUUUUUUCUCUCGUCUAGGAGGGCAAAAUGCAGGAGGUGGCCAGCACUUCUCAGCGGACCUUCAGUGUCCUGGAUCGUCUGCUGCUCACACACCCUGUGUGGCUGCAGCUGUCCCUCAACCAAGACUCCGCCCUCUACAUCCUGCUCAGAGAGCCAAUUGGGACGUUUUUAGUGCGUAAAUGCAGCUCCACUCAGAGGAAGGUGCUGUGUCUGAGAGUGUCGGUGGACAGGAGCGCCUCCUCUGUGAAGGAGUGCUUCAUCUGUGAGGAAGACUCCACAUUCGCCUUGGAGAGCUCCGCACUCAGCUUCCCCGAUUUGUGUCGACUGGUGGCCUUCUACUGUAUCAGCAGGGAUGUGUUACCUUUUCCUCUUCAGCUACCAGAGGCCAUUUCUAAGGCUACAACACACAGACAACUGGAGGCUAUCUCACACAUGGGACAAGACUUCUGGAGUUCACCGAGCGCUGUAGACAUCCAAAACGGACCUCUGGGUCCGGUUGCAUCCACCAGCAGUAGUCAGGCCCAGAUGAACCAGGAGCGAUGUGCGCUGAUGACUCAAGGCAGGCAGGGCAAAGUCUGCUUCAUCAACCCGCUCUUUCUCCAGAUGGACGUUUGCAGGCAGCCACAACAGACGAACAACAGUGCCUCCAAUAAACGAAACCGCUUCAAGCGCAGCAUGCGGCUCAGACUCUCAGAGACCUCCAUGAAUCUGUCCCUGGAGGGAGUUGGAUCCUACUCACCUUCUCCAUCGAUGGAGCAACCGGAUGGACCAGAGGGGCCACUCAAGGCCAACUCACAGAGGAGAGUUCAUGCAGGGGCCGGCGUCUUGAGGAGAACUCCUGCGGUAUCGCCAGGAUCCGCAGAGGAAGAUGACAUGAUGCCUGUCUAUGUGCCACAAACUUCCACCCCUGUGGAUGCGCCACCAAAGCUCCAGCAGGAACAGGGUAUCGAAGGAACGGUUCUAGCCUUGGAGCGUCGACCGGCUCCAUCUUUAGCCGAGCUCGACAGCAGCAGCUCCUUCAGCAGCAUGGAUGAGGACAAUGACUCAGAUCCGGAACGUGAAAGCAUGGCCCAAACCCAAACAGACACGUACCGACGCCCGCCGCUCGUUCGCUCUCGUGGCCGCGGUGGGCUGCACCGAAUGAGCGAAGCCUUCGUUUGUUUCUUUGCUCCGGACAAGCGUCUGACUCGGCUGGUGGAGGAGUUGUCCAGAGACAGACGCUCGGUCUUUGGGGGCAUGGUUCAGGACUUCCUCCUGGAGCAGAGAGGGGUGCUUAAAUCUCUGGCUUCUGCUUCAUCGUCUUCUUCAUCUUGUGUGACGGUUGUGCAACUUCUGCAGAGUCUGCGCCUCUUUUUGUCACGGGCAAAGUGCUGCUUGCUGGACAGCAGAGAGCUGGAGCCUCCCAUUGAAACACUAGUGCCUGAGAAUGAGAAAGACUUGGCGUUGGAGAGGGCCAUGUUCUCCUGCAUCCUCAGGCCUCUAAGGUGCCACCUUGAGAAAGCAAUGAUGGCUUUGCAUAAUCAGGACAGCUCCAUCCAACGCCUCACGCAGAACAUGCUUCGCCUGAAAGGGGACGCAGCCAUGGAGAAGCUCGGCGUACGGACCGGAGUCCCGGAUAGCCGGGAGGUGGAGAAGGUGAAGCAGAAGCUGACUCUGAUGCAGCGGACGCACUCGCCGAUUGACAAAGUGCUCCUGCUGCUACAGGUGUGCAAAUAUGUCCACAAGGCCAUGGGAACCUUACACGGACAGGAAGUUAGCUGGGAUGACCUCCUUCCAUCGUUAUCUUACGUGAUAGUGGAAUGUAACCGGCCUCAACUCUUAAUAGAGGUGGAGUACAUGAUGGAGCUGCUGGAGCCCUCCUGGCUUGGUGGAGAAGGUGGGUACUACCUGACCAGUGUGUAUGUUAGCCUGUGUCUGAUCCAGAACCUGGAACAGGGGCAGCCGUUCUCGGGCAGCCUGACGCCACAAGUCCAGGAUUCCCUGAAGGAGUGGAGCUGCAGACGGAGCCUGGAGGCCCAGAAACAAAAGGAGAAUCAGCAGAGCCAAAGGUGCGUUCGGAUACUGUUCCAGGACGGGGAGCGGAGCACCGUGCGGACGUUGCAGUGGAGGGCCGGGGAGACAAGCCAGGCCCUGGCCCAGCUGUGUGCCGCCACCUUCGGAGUGUCCGACCCGCAGCAAUACACCCUGUACUGGCGCAGCGGCGGCGAGAUGAGGGCCCUGCCGCCUCAGGCCCAGCCCCAGGACCUUGCCAGCCACAGCGAAGGGGGCCCCUCUCUCUCCUACCUGAGGACCGACCACGACUUCAGCAAGAUGCGGCGGCUCACCAGAGGUGGCGCCGUGGACCUGAGCGAGUCUGUGUGUGAGGAGUGAGUGGGAGGCACAGAGGAAGGGGGAGGGAGGAAGAGCAGGAGGAGUUGGUUGGUCUUUAUCUCCAUCUCUUUCUCUCUCUGUCUCUUCUCUCCGGCGGUUGCCGCUCGGCGUCGUGGAUCAGAACAUUGUUGUCAUCGAGAACACAUUGCCCUCCUCCUGACAACUCCUGACUCUUUCCCAAGCGGAUCAAAGCAGGAGCAACUCAGCAAAAGUUGUGCCGCUUCGGUGCGGCUGCCAGUGUAAAGGAGUGUACUGUUUGUGGAAAAUGUGUAAUAAAUGGAUUUGAUUGUGAUGUGAAACAUGAACCCAGAGUUGCGCCGUGAAGGGAUGACAUCAUUAGAGCACGAGGAGGCUGAAGCCCAAAAACAAAUUCUGUGAGACUACUGUUGCCUGGAAACAAAAGCACUUUCCUCACUUUGGAAGGCAAAAUGUCCACCGUGGUGAUGUAACCCUUUCACAGCGUAGUUCUGGGCGAAACCUAAAAGACGCUUGGAUGUAUUAUUGCUUCACUUUGUGUGUAAAAGUCUGCAGAUGUCUGGGUGAAGUGUGAAGGUGGGGAUGCAAGCCGUAGUCGUGGCAACGACAGAGAGGUAAAGCCAAGAAGACCAAACCUUAGUACCAAAGUGACAGAAUACCUACUCCAGAUGUCAUUUUGUGAGAUAAUAGUGUUUACUUUGGAGGAAAUCAGUUUUUAAGCUCAAAGGGAGCUUCGAAUCAGCUGUUUGUGCCCCACAGGGACAGUUUUAUUUUUGCUCAUCAGUGGAACAAAAGCACAGAUUUUCAGAUCUCUCACAUGGCUUUAGCAGGUGGAGUAAUGGGCAAGUUGGUGGGAAGCGAUUGCUCUUUGUUUCUAAAUCAUGUGAGGGAGGAAAGGGGGGUACAUCCCAUCACCUCUCCUGGACAACUGACUCACGAAUGUAUCCAUGUCAGAGUUGAAGCCUCUCAGAACUGCGUUCAUUCCACGUUCUCCGCUUUUUAUGUUCGGUUGUGUCUCUCGGCCGCUCUGUAAUGUGAUGCGCCACGAGACAACACUGACGAAUAAACCGGGACCUCAAGAUGCCUGGAAGAAUGUAAAUGUCCAUGUCACCAGCUUCUGGGGAAUCCUGCCGCAAACCAUCACCGCCAAUUGACCGUUUGACUCAGCGUCAAUAUCAAAUAGCAGAUUGUGUAUUUAAAACUAACUUUUAGCUGUUCGGUUUGUUGGGCAGACAAGAAAGUUUGGAUUUUCAGCAUGACUGGAGUUUUUAAUUCAGCUGAGAAGGUCCUUUGGUGUGUUUUGAACAUUACUGCAUGCUUUUUCAUUUAACGUGAAGGUUCAGCGGGUGUGUUUUGUAUGUAUGCCUGUUUGUUCCUGUGUGUGUGUGUGUGUGUGUGUGUGUGUGUGUGUGUGUGUGUGUGUGUGUGUGUGUGUGUGUGUGUGUGUGUGUGUGUGUGUGUGUGUGUGUGUGUGUGUGUGUGUGUGUGUAUGUGAAGCAUGUGUUCACUGUGAGAGCUCAUUAUUUCUUUUCAGUGUAAAAAACACACAACUGUAUUUUGUCAGAAAACUCGCUAUCGCAAUAAAAAUUGCAACAUUUGUUCAUUUGAACCGAAGUGUGCUUGUGAGGUGGAUGUGCUGAAGGACUCAACCACCAGGGCGCAGCAAAUUCAUCAAUAUUGGCUUCAACUGAUUGCCUUUGAAUGCCUGGAUUUAAUAUUAAAAUCUAGAUGUGGAUCAAUUCAAAUCAACAUGUGUAUCUUUAAAAACUGUAAUGUUUGAGGAUAACGUGUUUGUCCUGGGUGACGAGAAACGAAGGGAAUGUACGAAAAUUUGAGCAACUUUCAGUCGCAGAAUGACAGAAAUCACAUUCAGGUUUUUAACUUUAGUGAUAUUUUUCUUUAUUUGUACCCUUCAAUGAGAAAUUUACAUCACGUUAGAAGGUAUUUUGCAUGUAAAUAUUCUAAAUUAUUAACAUUUUACCAUUUUAGCAUCAUGAUCAACCUCUGUUUGGGAAAUUAAAGUAACACUAAAUACUUUAA